GAAACAACUUAACUGAACUUAACCUAAGAUUUUUCAUAUAACCUAAGUUUGAUUUAAUGAUUUAUAACUACAUUUAUUAUUGAAAAAUGCCAUUAAAAAAUCACCCGGAAUGUUUAAAAUGUGGAACAACCGAAUCUUCGAUAUGGACAAACGCAGAAAACUUGGGGGCGAUUUGUUUAGAUUGCGUAAAUGAGGCAAAAGAUGAAGAUAAAUCGGAGGAUGAGAAUAACGAUGAAAGUACUAAUAAAACCGAAGGAAAAUCUUCGAAAAAACGAAUGAGAAUAACAAGAUCGUAUAAAACGAGAUUAAACCCUUUUGCAAUACCAAAAACGGUCGCUCCAAAAGGCCGAGGACGAAGAGCUUUGUUUAAAAAGGUUCCUGUGAAAGCUCCAAGUGCUGUUGCAAGUCCAGUUACAAGUGAUCAUAUAUUUUAUAAAGAUCAAUACUUUCAAUUGGGUGAUAUUGUAUCUUUAAUGGAUGAAGACGAUAAAGUUUAUUAUGCUCAAUUAAGAGGAUUUUUAACCGAUCAGUAUUGUGAGAAAAGUGCUACAAUAACUUGGUUGUUACCAACACAAGAAAGUCCUCCUACAAAUGAAUGUUUUGAUCCAGCUACUUACAUAAUUGGUCCAGAAGAAGAAGUACCACGUAAAAUGAGUUGCAUGGAAUUUGUGAUGCAUGCUCCAUCAGAUUAUUAUAAAGCUCCAACUACUCCAUAUCCAAUUGUACAUCCUCCAGUUGAACCUGGAUUUGUUUGGUCAAUGUUAAAGCCGAUUCAAAGAUUAUUAGGGUCCAGAUAAAUAAGUAUUUAUAUAUUUUUUAAUUUUAACUUAUUUGUUAAUAUAUAUUUAACAAUUUUUAAUUAAAAGUAU